GCAAAAUCGUUCAAGCGAAAAGGAGAGGAGCAAUUGCUAUUGAAUCCGCAUGGAAAAAAAGGGUAAAGUUUCAGAUGAUGAAGCAGAAGCAGUAGUAAUUGGAGGUAUGGUGCUUGACAUAAACGCCACCCCUUCAAUCGCCGCCAAUCCCAGAACCACCACUCCCGGAAAGGUUGUGUAUACAUUAGGCGGUGUGGGAAGAAAUGUAGGUGAGUGCAUGUCGAAGCUUGGGGCGAAGCCUUUCAUGAUAAGUGCAUUAGGGUUUGACAUGGCAGGAAGUUUGCUUUUGGAAAACUGGAGAUCUGCUGGAUUAUCGGUAACGGGAAUUAGAAGAAGCCAAGAUAUAGAUACAGCUGUCGUAUGCAACAUCUUUGACGGUGUAGGAGAAUUGGCUGCUGCUGUUGCUAGUGUUGAAUCAAUCGAAGAAUUUCUAACUGCUGAAUGGAUUCAAAAAUUCAAGUCGAACAUAUGCUCCGCACCGGUAUUGAUGGUUGAUGCUAACUUAAGCCCGCCUGCUCUUUUAUCCUCUUGUCGAUUGGCAGCAGAGUGCAAGACUUCCGUAUGGUUCGAGCCAGUAUCGGUCGCCAAAUCCAAACGAGUUGCUUCCGUUUCGAAAUAUAUAACUUACACCUCACCGAACGAAGACGAGCUAAUCGCAAUGGCAAACGCUCUUUCAUCCGAAGAUAAAUUCUCACCAAUUAAAAUAGAUUCCAACAAUGCUAACUUUUCGAUUGAAAAAUUGUUCCGAAAACUAAAACCUCCAACAUGGAUUUUACUCGAGAAAGGAAUUAGAGUAGUAAUUAUAACCCUCGGAGCGCAAGGAAUAUUCUUAUGCUUCAAAGCAAUAAACGGAGUAGAGAAAAAAGAUUACACGACAAACGCGCCUAAUUCUUUCAGCAGAAAAUUAUACGAAGCGGUAAAUAAAAGCUGCCCUCCUAAUAAAAUCUUGGGCAGUCCCAAAUCGAAGGGGAAUUAUUAUAUUGCAGUACAUUUUCCGGCACUUUCCGCCGCUGUGGUGAGGCUGACCGGUGCAGGAGAUUGCUUAGUUGGCGGCACGAUAGCUUCGAUUUGUGCUGGUUUGGAUGUAAUGCAGAGUGUGGCGGUCGGUAUAGCGGCGGCAAAAGGGGCUGUGGAAACGGAGAAGAAUGUUCCGGAAGGAUACGGAUUGGCAAGAAUUGCAGACGAUGCGAGUAUUGUCUAUUCUGAAGCGAAAGUCGUUUUCUGCGAAUCGAAGUUAUAACCUUUUUUCGGAUUUUUAUUUCUUUAUUUUUUAUUUUUUUCCCUUGUAGUAUUUAUAGACAUUUGGUUAUAAAGUUGUGGAAAACAUUAUUAUAGUCAAGAGUUGUAAUAAUAUACAUUAUUUCUACAACAGUUCAAGUAUCUAAAAUAAAAAAUCAAAUUAUUUUA